GCCGGCUCGCCGCCAUGGGGCAACACGAGUGCUGCCACCGCACGACGCGCGUCGACCGGCGUGGCGGCCGUGACCUGCGCGAAGGCGGCGGCGCGGGGCUCGGGGCGGACGCGGCGUCCUCCGUUGGAUCCGUCAGGCGCGAGGCGCCGCCGGCGGGAUACCCGUUCGCCCCCGGCCGGAAGCGCGCGCUCCUCGUCGGCGUCAGCUACAGGGGCACCAGCUACGAGCUUCAGGGCACGGUGAACGACGUCGACUGCAUGAGGCGCCUCCUCUGCGACAGCUUCGGCUUCCCCGGCGAGUCCAUCCUCGUGCUCACCGAGGAUCUGGGCGACGCCGACCCGUCCAGGUUGCCGACGAGGGCGAACCUGGCUGCGGCGAUGCGGUGGCUGGUGGAGGGGUGCGACGCCGGCGACUCGCUGGUGUUCCACUUCUCCGGCCACGGCGUGCAGAAGCUGGACGUGACCGGCGACGAGGUGGACGGCUACAACGAGGCGCUCUGCCCGCUGGACUUCGAGCGGAGCGGCAAGAUCCUGGACGACGAGAUCAACGAGACCAUCGUCCGGCCGCUGGGCCCCGGCGUGAAGCUCCACGCCAUCGUCGACACCUGCCACAGCGGCUCCAUCCUCGACCUCCCCUUCCUCUGCCGCCUGUCGAGGACCGGCUACUGGCAGUGGGAGAAUUACAGCCGGCGGCCGGACCUGACCAAGGGCACCAGCGGCGGCAUCGCCAUCUCCAUCAGCGGCUGCAGCGACGACCAGAAGUCCGCGGAUAGCAGCGGGUUCUCGUCGGAGCAGGCGGCUGCGAUCGGCGCCAUGACGUACAGCUUCAUCAAGGCGGUGGAGUCGGAGCCCGGGACGACGUACGGGCGGCUGCUGAGCGCGAUGCGGGCGACGAUCCGGGAGGGGCAAGGGGGCGGCGGCGUCGGGCGGCUCCUCCCCGGCCGGCUCGGCUCGUUCGUCCGCAAGAUGAUCCCUUCCGGCAGCGUGCAGGAGCCGCAGCUCUGCUCGUCGGAGGUGUUCGACAUCUACAAGAAGCCGUUUCUGCUGUGAAGUGCACUGAUUUAAUUUCUCCCGCCACAUGACAAUUGAGCCGCCAUGAACAUGAACACGUAUGCGUACGCCGGCCCAGAUCAACCUCUCAGCGCUGGGGAUCGAAUCAUCUACUUUAGUGUGCUGCGUGGUUAAUUGUGGCCUCGUUGCAUAUAUGCGAGAUGAGCGCAUGCCUACUUAUAUAUGUACUCUUAUAUAAGUUACAAAUUACAAAUUGGGGGACCGUUCCGAUUUGUUGCAUGUGCAGCUAUUCGAUCACGAUUUUACUGGCGACCGGUGAG